AUUCGAUAACCACGUUGUUUAUAUUGUCUGUCAGGACCCAAAGCAUCGCAACCUGGACACAUCUAAUACUAUAAACGGUGAAGUACGGGAUAAACCGCUGGGAUAAUAAUCGGUAACGAGUUCAGCUCAUCACGAAACUGUCAGCAACAACUAGCGGCUUUUACCUUGGAUAACUUAAAACCCCCUAAAAAAAAUCUCUCUCAAUUAAAGUGUAGCUAGUUAUAUUCUUGUUAGUUUAGACUUUGAAACAUUUAUAAAUAUAAGUGGUUUAGUAUGUAAUAACUUUUACUCCUUAGUUUGUUGCUAGACAACGUUAGCUAUCAGGAAGUGCUUGAGCAGCCAGGUGAUCCCAUCCCCGGUGUCACCAUGGUAACCACCUGGUAAGGUACCGGAAGACCAAACUCCUGGGGCCCCUGCCCCUAGGCACGACACAGCAGAUUCAAAUUAACCAACUCAUCAUCAAGCUUUGAUGAUUUGAAUCUGCUGUGUAGUGGCUAGGGUAAAUUCCAUGGGGAAGGGGGCCCCAGGACUAGGGUAAAUACCAUGGGGUAGGGGGGCCCCAGGACUAGGGUAAAUACCAAAACGUGUACCCAUGGGGGAGGGGGGCCCAGGACCAAGCUGUAGAGGAGUGAGUUAGUUAGUUAACUACUUAAUGGUACUAGCUAGUUUAUCUUCGUCUUACAUGUUGUCGUUACUCUGCUGUUCUGAAUCCAAAAUACCCGGAGGAUGACUUGGAGGACAGGUACCUACAGUAGGAAGCUACUGGACACAGAGGAAGGUCUCACUGAAGUGUGGCAGCCCAGACAGGGGUUGGCCACGCCCCCAGAGGGAGGGGCUAAGACCAAUGUAGACAAACUAAAGGACCGAUUGGUCCUGUUCUCCGCUAACUCCUCACCCUCUUGUAUGGAGCUGGCCAAUAGGAUCGCAGAGAGACUGGGAGUAGAGCUGGGCAAGACUGAAGUCUACCAGGAUUCUAAUGGAGAAACGCGUAUCCAGAUCCAGGAGUCGGUCAGAGGGAAAGACGUCUACAUCAUCCAGACCAUCUCACCGGAUGUGAACCGGUGCCUGAUGGAGCUGUGUGUGAUGGCGUAUGGGUGUGUGACGGCGUGUGCGAGGAGUGUGUGUGGCGUGCUGCCGUACCUACCCUACAGUAAACAGUGUAAGAUGAGGAAACGGGGAUCCAUCGUCUGUAAGCUGAUCGCCUCUCUGAUGUGCAGGGCAGGUCUGACCCAUCUCAUCACUGUGGAUCUUCAUCAGAAGGAGAUUCAGGGCUUCUUCAACAUCCCAGUAGACAACCUGAGAGCUUCUCCCUUCCUACUGCAGUACAUACAGGAGGAGAUUCCAGACUACCAUAAUGCCGUUAUCGUGGCCAAAUCACCGUCCUCCGCUAAGAGGGCCCAGUCCCUCGCCGAGAGGUUGCGUGUGUCUAUUGCUGUGAUCCACGGAGAUGCAGAGACGGACCUGCUGGACGGACGGCACUCUCCUCCGACAGUCAGAACCACCGGAGGUCUACCUGAACUACCCUUCUGUAUCCCUAAGGAGAAGCAUCCUAUCACAGUCGUAGGAGAUGUGGCCGGACGCAUCGCCAUCAUCGUGGAUGACAUCAUCGAUGAUGCGGUGGGUUUUGUGGCGGCAGCGGAGAUGCUAAGGGAGAGGGGGGCGGGGCCGAUCAUCGCCAUGGCAACACACGCCAUCCUGUCUGCGGACGCUCCCAGAAUCCUCCAGGAGUCAGCCAUUAGUCAGGUGGUGGUAACCAACACGAUUCCCCACUCGUCCCAGAAGCUCCAGUGUUGUAAGAUAAAGACGGUUGAUGUUUCUCUGAUCCUGUCUGAAGCUGUACGGAGGAUCCACUGUGGAGAGUCAAUGUCUUGUCUGUUCCACAACAUAGGAGCUGACGACUAAUACACACCAUACAUACACACACACACACACACACCACAGACUACACACACACACACACAUAUGCACGUUUAUUUUCUGCCAAAAUAAAAAAUUAAUUGCCAUUGGUUUGUCGGUA